UUCCAGCUCAUGAGAGAAAGAAUAAGAGGCAGAUAGCUCACGCACAGGAAGCCGGUACGCGCUGUCAGAGCACUGCUGCAGAGAAAAAGAAGACAAAAAAAAAAAACCCUAAGCCCACACCGCGUCAAGAAGCGCUAUUCUCGGUGUUUAUUUCUCAGCGAUAAGAAGCAUGUCAUUCAGCCUGAAGCCCCAGGCAAAGGAGCUGUGUGCCUCCUGUGAGAAGACGGUGUACCCCAUGGAGCGCCUCGUCGCUGACAAGAACGUCUUCCACUCGUCCUGCUUCUGCUGCAAGCACUGCAACACCAAGCUGAGCCUGGGCAGCUAUGCGGCGCUCCACGGGCAGUUCUACUGCAAACCGCACUUCCAGCAGCUCUUCAAGAGCAAAGGCAACUACGACGAGGGCUUUGGCCGCAAGCAGCACAAGGAGCUGUGGAGCGUGAAGGAGGCAGAGAGCGGCACCAAGAGCGCCUGACCAGCCCCGCGGCUCCGAGACCUGCCCCUAUAGCCUUGCGCUUAGCGUCCUGCCAGAGCUCCUCCUCCUCCUCCUUCUUCUUCUUCUUCUUCUUCUUUUAAAGCAAACUCUUUUUAAAAACCUUGUAUCUUAACAGCAUGCUCUCAGGAAAGUGCUGCCACAAACGAGCAUUCCCUGCAUCUUCAAAGAAGGAAUAUGUGACCCAGAAAAGCACUCGGAGGAGGCUGUCUCUGGAAGCCCUUCCACAGAGUCACCAGAACAAGUCUGCAUUGCAUUGACAGGAUCUUGUUAAUUUAAUUGUGUGCAGGUUUUCCCUUGUUUGCAUGGUGUUCUUUUUCAGAGAUGCCGUGCCCUUGUGAUUGGAUGGUGCUCCUGGCUGCUGAUUGGUCUGGUCUAGAAGGCACAGUCCCUCUCUCCAGCCGGGGGGGGAGGGGCUGGAUUCAGACCCGGCUCAAUGCUUGGCGAUCUCCAGGCUCCACGACUGCUCUGGGCCACGUUGUCCUCGUCACCCGAGCCCCUCCGAGAACAAGCCUGCCACCUGGGACUGGCAAGAACUGCAAGCCUAGCUGCUCAUUGGUCACUAGGCUGUAAUGGGUUAAAAUCUGGGCAGAACCUAGUUUUCAUAGUUAAGCACCACAGUCUUCUUGGUACCAAUCUGUCUAACAGAACCGGAACACACACCAGAAUCUCUCCAAGGUGUUGCGCACGAUCCCAGCGUGGCUGAGUUUGUGGAAUCUCAGGAGUCGUGAUUCUGGGAGAACGGAUGCUUCACUGCUGGGUCCUGUCUUUCUUUCUUUCUUUCUCCUCCUCUCCCCUACCUCAUGUGGACCAACCCAGGGUAUCAUGUUUGAGACUCAGAUCUCUUCAGCAGGGCUCCUGCCUUAAGUCACUGAAUCUCAAUCUUUGUAAAGGAGAAUGCAUUUGUUUUUUAUAUGAUCUAUCAAUUUGAAUUUUAGAGAAUUGUUUUUAAUGUUAAUUGAAAUGUUGAGGUAUCUGCAGAUACCUUUGCUUGCUUUUAUAACUGGCUGCAAUAGGUGAGAGAAUGCUUGUCACUUCAGGUACGUUUUUAUUUCAGCAUCUCUAGGAACGAGUCGGGGGCAGGUCUGUGGCACUCGUCUCCAGAGAGGUAUUAAACUGGGUUUCCAAUGCUGGGUUGCUUCCUAGUUUCCGAAAGAAAACAAAUCGAAUGAACCCUUUUACUGCUGAAGCAUAUUAGAAAACAUUUUGAACCUUUUUAAUGCCUUGUCUCUUUAUUAGUAAAAUAAAAUUCUAUUGUUUUACUUGGUGCUUUGGUUUCCAUUAAAAAAAAAAAAAAAAAAAAAAAAAAAAAAAAAAUGUAUUCCCUUCCUUUAGCCACACAAGUGAAGUGCGUGUGUGUCAUCGGGCACUGAAGGGGUUAAACUGUCCGUACACUUCCAGCCACUGCGUUAUGAAACCAAGAAGCCAAGCCAAUGCGCUGGUCAGAGCUGCUGAUCUGUGCCGUUGCACAGCGCUGGUGAGAGUGUCAGCUACAGUAUUUGUGUUCUUCCCUUGGUUUCUUACCGUGUAACCAGUAGACACAAAUGAACCUGUAAAGAACCACAGAUAGCCUGUAAAGAACGAAUGCACGGCCUGUCUUUCAUUGGCGAGUCUGAAGGCACAGUAUAUCUAGAUGUUUCAAUACAGAGGAGGAUGCAUUCAUUAGACCUGCGGGUUGAUUGUGUAAUGGCUGUGUGUCUAACUGGACUGUGCAUCCUCCGAGAUGAAGGGGCCCCGCAGAGAUUAACUUUGCUGUUUCAGUUUUUUUAUAUAUUUGUUUGUUUGUUUGUUUAUUUUUUGUAGUAGUAUUUGGAGUAAGUUUCUCUAUUGUUGAUUGGGUCAUCGGAUGCUUCUUAAUUGUGAAGUAAUUGAGAGGCAGGUGCUGUGGAGAGGGGGGUAUAGGCAAUGUUAGGUGUGUGUGGCUUUCUAUCAUUGUGAGCAUUAGUAUGGGGGAAUGCAGCAGCUGUUUUAGUGGCAUUGAGGCAGGAAGAUCUGUUGUACUGCAAAGGUGUAUCAAAAACUGUAUCAGGUGCAGCAAACCUAAAGCAAAAAAAGAACAAAGCCGAAAGAGGAUGUUCAUGUUUUGGGUGCGAUAAACCCAGAAGUGAAAUUGUUCUCCAUAACAGGGUUUUCAGCACCAAAGUAAAAAAUGAACUGUUGGAAACGCGGUCACAGAGAACAAAUGUAACUUUUUUGUUUUGCUGGUUGGUUUACUAAGAAAUGUAAAGAUAAGGAGGGUGGGACGCGUUCUCUGAACUGUUCGCUGUUUGAUUUUGUAUAAACGUGAUUGAUAUCACAGCAGUGGAGAUCUGGAGCCGAACCCACAGGCUCUGGUUUGGGUCAGUCUUUCAAAUCCCUCGAAUGUGGGUCAUUUUAAAUGCCUAGAAAAUCUGCAUGUAGAUCAGAGAAGCGUGAAGUAUGAGGUUUCUUUCAUACAAGACGACCCCUCUGUUAGGCUGAGUGCUCUCUUUGAUCUGCCGAAGACGCAGUUAAAAUGUCAGUUCCUUGAAUUGGAUCAGUGUGUAGCCCAAGAGCCUAUAUUGCAUUAUAUUUUGUAUUGUAGCGUGUUUGUUUGGAGAAUCCUGUGAAUCUUCCCGAUGUGUUUAGUGUCUCUUUCCUCAAGUAGACGGUCCUUUUUCUGAACGAUUCGGAUUUAAUUGAGGAUCUGGAGAAGGAAGAUUCGGUCUGUUAUUUGCGCCCUGUUUUAUUUAAAUAACAGUAAGAUUAUCCCACACCGAUAUUGUAACUGCAGUUUCUUGUAUGCUCGAAUGCUCCUCAUAGUUCCUCCACAAACUCUCAGUGGUCCUAUAAUAUUGUUUCAGCUCCCUUAGCUGGGGGGCUCUCCUUAACCCCUGUAUCUGAAUCAAUGUGGUAUAGAGGAUGUUUAGUGGAUCUGGAGUCCUCCCCCCCCAUUGUAAUUAAGAACAUAAGAAAGUUUACAAACGAGAGGAGGCCAUUCGGCCCAU